AUGGCUGAUAACAGCUCAAUAGCUGGUGGUUUUGCACUGCGCCAGCCCAGCUAUCGGCUGAUUAUUGUCCAGAUCUUGGUGAUCAUUUUUCUUUGCAUCAACAUGUUGCUUAUUGGGACUUUUUUUAAAACAGAGUCUUUUCACACGAGCGCUCGCUACCUUUUGUUUGCGGUGAUGCUUCUGUCAGACAGCUUUUUGCUGUUCAUGUCUGACAUUAUGAUGGUUUUUGCAUCAUUUCAGUUGACUAUGCAGGUUUUCUUGUGUGUUAUAUUUUCUGCUGUUGUGCUCUUGUACAAUAUGGUGACACCGAUUACUCUCACAGUGAUGACCCUGGAGCGAUAUGUGGCGAUCUGCAUGCCCCUGCGUCACGCAGAGCUGUGCUCCACUCGCAGCACGGUGCACUGCAUCCUCAUCAUUCAUGGAAUCAGCUCCAUUCCUUGCAUGGUCAUCCUCUCUGUGUUUUUUGCAUCAGCUUCUUUAAGUAUUUACAAACAAAACACAGUGUGUACAGUAAAUGUGUUUAUAUUAUACACGUGGCACAACGAUCUUCGGUCAGCUGUAAGUCAGUUUUUCUUUCUCAUCAUGUGCAUUGUCAUCAUUUUCUCCUAUUAUAAAAUGAUGAAGGUAGCCAAAGCAGCAUCAGGAGAAAAUAAAAAAUCUUCAUUAAGAGGCCUGAAAACUGUUCUCCUUCAUGCUUUCCAGCUGCUGCUUUGCCUCAUCCAGCUGUGGAUUCCCUUCAUAGAAGCUGCUGCUCUCCAAAUUGAUGUAAAUCUAUUUGCCAACGUCCGAUACUCCAAUUAUGUCAUUUUUGUUCUUGCUUCACGAUGUCUGAGUCCUCUCAUUUAUGGCCUCAGGGAUGAAACUUUUUUUCUUGCUUUGAAAAAGUUUUACCGGUCUUAGAUUCAUUUAGAAAUGCUAAUUUACUUAUUUUUUACUUAACGUGCAUGCAUGUGUUGAGUGUGGUUGAUCAAAAAACAACUUGAAGCAACAAAGCAUGUUAUUUAGGACUGUUUUAUAUUCAUUGUGAAAAUACUAGUUUUAAACUAUGUCUGCUGUAAAAUAUGUGAAAUCCACCAUUAAAGUCAAUCUUUUUUAAUGUUAACCAGAUGAAUAACACAGUUUAUUUUUUUUGAGGUUUAAUCAAAAUGUUUUCUAACUUUGAACUUAUUAUAUAUUCAUACUCUUGCUUUAACACAACUUUAGGAUGGAAACUUCAAAUAGAACUCGAAAAAUGUAAUAAUUUGCACAAAUGUUAAAUCGUCAUGUUUUUUUCAAAUUGCCUAAAAAUACAUAUACCUACAAUAUAUAUAAUAAAUAUUCAGGUUUUUCUUUUUCUUUACUUUGACCAAUGUUCUUUUUUUUUUUUAACUUAACCAAACCUAUAAACAGGCAGUUUUAUCUAUUUUUUUUUUUUCACGGAGUAUGAAAAACCCAUUAACUCAAACAUAAGCAAUAAGAAUGAUUAACAGGAGCAGAUGUUUUUAUUCAAUUUAAUGUUAAAUAUAGUGAUUUUGGUCAGUAGGUACAGCUGAUUCACAAAUGUAGAUUUGUGUGUACAGUUUCAAGCACACAAAUAGAUUACACAUAGACAUGUUACAAUAUCUUUAAUGAAAUUGUGAGAUUAGAUUUUCAAUAAUUACUCUAGCUCUUUUGAAAUAGAUAUUUUUUUGUUUUAUUUUAUUUAUAUGACUGAGCCAAUGGUUCAGCAAAUAAGAACCCUCUUUCUCUAAAUUAUUAUCACAUAAUGUUCAUUUAAGGCAGGUGGGAGGCAUCGGUCGAUUAGAGAUCACUUAGCAAAAAGGAAAUACUCACAAAUUAAAUCACAUCUUGGAACAUCUUGGUUACCCUUUUCCAUGCAGUGAGGGAAUACCUGGCUUGCCAGGAGUCAGGAGUUACACAUCUGAGUGUGGUGCAUAUUACCCAUUGUGAAGUUUUCCAUUUUUUACCUGGUUUAUUUUCCACCAUCACCUUAGAGCAUUGUUGGCAGACAAAUUUGGAUUGCCAUUUUUUCCUCUUGUUGGAGAUCUCCACCUUUAACCUAUCUAUUUUAAAAAAAUAACUGAUGUUAUGGUUGUUCCCAAAAAAAUGUUUUUACAAUAAAAAAAGUCUAUCAAAAUACACAAGUUUACAAACUUGUGACUUUUGCCCCGGAUUUAGGUUCCAAUAUGAAGUGUAUUUAUUUAAGAUUGUUUUAGUUUGCUUUAAGCACUCUGAUGACAUUCUUGUUUUAUUUUUUAAUAUUUUUUAAAAGCUGAAUAUUUUUUUGAAAGAUACAAAGCAU